AUGUCUGCGCGGCACUUCCCGCACCGCGACUGGAGCAGCCCGGCCGACCAGCAGCUGCCCUUCACCGGCAACACCGUCAGCGACGCCGACUUCGCCGCGGACCCGCACGGCGCCGACAUCGAGGCCCAGCACGAGGCUCAGCACCCGCGCGCCCGCCGCAUCCGCGCCCAGUCCAACGCCUCCGCCCACCUCUCGCAGUCGUUCUCGCGCAACCCCGUCCGCUCGUUUGCCCACCAGGCCUCGCAUGGCUUCACCGACACCCCGCAGUACUCAUCGCAGGGCGUCCGCGAGCGCAGCUCCCAGCUGGCCUCGUACGCCCUGGACUCGGAGGACUACCAGGACCGCCCGCCGCGCCACAGCUUCGCCGAGCCCGACUCGCCCCGCCGCCCGCUGUCCGACUACCACGACGGCCGCGGCUCCAUUGACUCCGGCAGAGAAGACACCAUCGACGAGGACAGCGAGGCCGAGACUCCGGUGACGGUCAUUGGGGGGCCGCAGAAGCCCGACCACGACUUCUUCAGCUGGCAGAGCCCGCGCAAGGGCUCUACUGCCGAGGCCGUGCCGGACCUCGUGGUCCAGGACACCGAGCGCACGCCGCUGCUGCCGUCGGCAAGACUCCCGCGCCCGCUCUCGCAGCAGAAGAGCGCCAAGGGCACGAGCAAGAGCAAGAGCAAGAGCAGGAGCCGCUCGCCCGACCAGAGUCUUCCCCAGCGCGUCAAGGCGUCGUUUGCAGCAGGCCGCGAGCACAUGCUCGGAUUCAGCCAGACCCUAACUAACCCCAAGACCUACACCAAGGACGCCGUGCUGUCCGGUGCACUGACCAGUGCGCAGACACUGACUGCCGUCUUCCUCGGCCUGCUCCUGAACCUACUGGACGCGCUUUCAUAUGGCUAUAUUUUGUUCCCCCUUGGAUCUCCCAUUUUCAGCCAGACCGGCCCGGACGGCAUCUCCAUUUUCUUUGUCAGCUGCAUCGUCUCGCAACUCUGCUACUCCCUCGGUCUGUCCAGCUUCAAGGGCGGCGUGGGCUCGGAGAUGAUCGAGGUCGUGCCCUUCUUCCACAACAUGGCCUACUCGAUCAUGGAGCGCAUGGAGGGCGCCGCCCCGGAGGCCAUCAUGGCCACUACCAUCACUUCCUACUGCCUGAGCUCUAUUCUUACCGGCCUCAUCUUCCUCACUCUGGGCAGCUUCAAGCUCGGCACUCUGGUCAGCUUCUUCCCCCGCCAUAUCCUGAUUGGCUGCAUUGGCGGUGUCGGCUUCUUCCUCUUUGUCACCGGCAUCGAGGUCUCUGCGCGCCUUGAGGGCAACAUGAACUACGAUCUCGCGACCCUACAGAAGCUGUUCUCUGCGGAUACCUGGUACCUCUGGAUGCUCCCGCUUGUGCUUGCCGUGUCGAUUAUGCUUAUGCAGCGGAUGGUGAAGAGUCCAUUCGUGCUGCCCGCCUUCUUCGUCCUUAUUUUUGCCACCUUCUACCUAUUCGUGAAGGGCAUUUUCCAUGUUGACCUGCAGGACGCGCGUGACGCCGGCUGGAUCUUUGAGCAGCCCGAGGCCGGCGUCAAGUUCUACCGUUUCUAUUCUUAUUUCAAAUUUUGGCUCAUCGACGUAUCGGCGCUGGCCAGCUGCAUACCGACCAUGUUUGCCCUUUCAUUUUUCGGCAUCAUCCACGUGCCUAUUAAUGUGCCCGCCUUGGGCGCCGCCGUAAAGGAGGAUAACCUCGACGUUAAUCGUGAGCUCAUCGCCCACGGUAUCUCGAACACACUGUCUGGCUUUGUUGGUAGCAUUCAGAACUACUUGGUUUACGCUAACAGCGUGAUGUUCAUUGCCAACGGCGGCGACAGCCGCGUCGCGGGCACCCUGCUCGCUGUUGCAACAGCUGCUGUCUGGGUCGCCGGCCCUGCGAUGAUUGGAUACAUCCCCAUCUGUCUGGUCGGCGCGCUCAUCUUCCUGCUUGGCAUCGAUCUUAUGAAGGAGGCGCUGUGGGACACAUUCGGCAAGUGCCACAAGCUUGAAUAUCUCACUAUUGUAGCCAUUGUCUUGAUCAUGGGCAUCCACGACUUUGUUGUUGGGAUCUUCGUUGGCAUCGUGCUGGCCUGCGUGAGCUACGUGGUGCAGAGCUCUCGCCACCCUGCCAUCCGCGGGUCCUACAGUGGUGUUGUCGCUGAAUCGACGGUGCGCCGCCCGCGAGCGGACUGCCGCUACCUGAACAAAGUCCGCGGUCAGAUCCGGGUUGUCAAGCUGGGCGGCUUCCUCUUCUUCGGCACGAUUGUAUCAGUCGAGGAGAACCUGCGAUCCCUCAUUGACGACGACAACUUCGAAGAGCAGCCGGUGAGCUUCAUCAUCGUCGACUUCACGCAUGUCACUGCUGUCGACUUCUCCGGUUGCGAGGGCUUCCAGCGCAUCAACAGGAUUCUCGGCGGUAAAAAUGUCAAGAUGAUCCUGUCUGGCGUCUCCUUCGGGAACGACGUGGGCAAGUCUCUGCAGAGCGUCGGCUUGCUGGACGAAGCAGAGGAGGAUGGCUCGCCGCCUCCACAGGUAUUUGAGGACCUGAACACGGCACUCGAGUCGUGCGAGAACGAACUUCUCGAGGUCUUCCACCGCCACUGCAGCACGCACGUCAAGAGGCGCCAGAUCACCCCACCCAUGUCCAUCAACGGCGCGAAGAAUCUCAACUCCGAGCCGAUACCCUCCGGUGGCUCUCCCGCAUCUUCCCUUGGACCAAGCUCCCUUAACCCCGACUUCGCCUCGCCCCGUCGCGGCGCCCGCCUUCUCGCCGCCCGCUCUACCAUGCGCGAGUCCUCGCACGCCCAAACCCUCACCCCCGAUUCGGCCAGCCUUAGUGAACCCACCCCCGCAGCCCCUUCGCGCUGGAAGAAUUUCGCCCAGCCCCUCAAAAUUAUCCUCCAGACUUUCGAAGACGUCUCCCUCCAGAACGAAGACUUCUGGCACGUCAUCGCGCCCUACUUCACCCGCCGCGAGCUCCCCGCUGGCUCGGUCCUGUACUCGCGCGGCGACGACCCCGACGGGUUCUACAUCCUGCAGCAGGGCCGACUGCGCGCCGAGUACGCGCUCGACCAGGGCAGUUUCUUCGAGGUCAUCCUGCCCGGCACGACGUGUGGCGAGCUGCCGUUCUUCAGCGAGACGGACCGUACGGGAACGGUGGCGGUGGAGAAUGACAGCGUGGCGUGGUUGUUGACGCGGGAGAGGUUUCAGGCGCUGGAGCGCGAGCAUCAGGGUGUUGCGCGGGAGUUGCUCAAGGUCGGGCUGAAGUUGACCAAGGAGCGGAUGGAUGCCAUCACGAGUUAUGUGCUUGUCACCGCAUCGUAGAGUGUGUUUGUGGUGUGUGUUGAGGGCGUGGUGUGAUGGCUAGUACUGUAAUUUUGCAUAGCUGUGCAACGUGUAAUUUAUACCCAAAUUCGCAUAUGACAACGUUGG